CUUACUAAGUACGAGUUAUAUGUUGACGACAUCAUGAUAACCGUGUCUAAGUUCUUCCAGUGAGCAGAAGUGUUGCCGCGUUCGAAAUAUUUUAUGAAUUAUAAUAUUAGUAUAACCAAAAGUUUCCAACGUCUGACAAGGCGGUGGGUGUACCACGGGCAAGCACGCAACCCGCUCUGCAACGGCUUUUCAGUUAAAACUGCCGCGGUGGCCAAUGCGACCGCGCCUCAUACUAAAAUAACGCAUAAGUAUAAUCAGUGUCACGCGAUCGAGUGUCCUGUGUUGUGAACUCGGAGGGAUUAUUUGGGAAAAAUGGUGUUCAAAUACUGGUAACCUGGGGGCAUUGGGAUGAGCCCCAACGCUGCGCCCUCCCCUUCCACCCCCCACGAAAAUGAUCCCCUGCACCUGGCCGACUACAUUGUUCUUCUUAAUAUGGUUGUGCAAUGACGUCGUCUCGAAGAGGAAUCUUACCCUAAAGCCCAGGGUGGUUCUGCCAGAGAGCUAUGUAAAAGAAAUGCGGCCGCCCGCCCGGAAAGGUCAACCCGUCAUUGUAGAGUUCAGCAUUUACGUGGUGGACGUCAACUCCAUCAAUGUGGAAGACAUGGACUUCAGAGUAGACAUGUUUAUCAGACAAACGUGGAGGGAGAGCAGACUCCAGCUCCCAGAAGACAUCUUCGAGGAAGGGGACGACCACGUGACCCUGCCUCCGGAGUUCUUCGACAACCUGUGGCAUCCUGACCCUUACUUCCUGAACUCUAAAGUAACUGAAAUUGCAGAGUUGACGCACAAGUUCUCGUCGGUUACGCUAUACAGAAACCAGACAGUUCGGUAUGCGGCGAGGAUGCACGCCAUCAUAGCCUGCCAGAUGGAGUUCCAACUCUACCCCAUGGACAUACAGUCGUGUCCGAUCUACAUUGAAAGCUUUUCGUACAGCAAUCAGAAGGUGAGGUUUCGGUGGAGCGAGGCGGGGGUGACAAUAAACCCUGAACUCAAGCUGUUGCAAUACCACAUUGGCGAGCCUCUGAGGCUAGAGGAGACAAAUGGAUACAUGAUCGACAAAGACGGAAACUACUCUAGACUAGUAGUUUACUUUCGGUUCGAGCGUCAGAUCGGUCACCACCUCAUCCAGACCUUCGCGCCGUCCUCUCUGGUGGUGAUGCUGUCCUGGUUCAGCUUCUGGCUGGACCUGGACGCGAUUCCCGGGAGGGUCACGCUGCUCGUCACCUGCAUGUUGACCCUGGUCACCAUGUUCACGGGACUGAGAGCUGAUAUUCCUCCCGUUGCUUAUGUGAAAGCUUUAGACCUAUGGAUGGCGGGCUGCAUGAUGUUUGUGUUCGCGGCUCUCGGAGAAUUCGUGGUCGUCAAGGUGCUGGACAAGCAGUACCAGAUGAACAAGAGCAAGGCGCAGGAACUGCCCAGGAUCAUACCUGUGCGUCUAAACGGUGAGAAGGGGUCGUGUGGAACCGUCGCCGCUUGGGAGGGCAGCGGCGUGCGGUGCCGCAAGGUGGACCUCACGUCGCCCACGUCGCCGCCCGCCGCCACGCCGGCCGUGCACCCCGCGCCCGCCGCGCCGCACAGCGCGCCGCACUUGGUCGGCGUCGAGCGGCGCCAGAGCAUACUGCAGGUGGAUCUGACGUCAUCCACGCCGGCCGUUCACCCCGCGCCCGCCGCGCCGCACAGCGCGCCGCACUUGGUCGGCGUCGAGCGCCGCCAGAGCAUACUACAGGUACCUACUGUGUACUGGCAGUGGCGUCGAGCGGCGCCAGGGUCAUGUGAAACUGUCGCCGCUUGGGAGGGCAGCGGCGUGCGGUGCCGCAAGGUGGACCUCACGUCGCCCACGUCGCCGCCCGCCGCCACGCCGGCCGUGCACCCCGCGCCCGCCGCGCCGCACAGCGCGCCGCACUUGCUCGGCGUCGAGCGGCGCCAGAGCAUACUGCAGGUACUAGAGCAUGCUACAGAUACUAGAGCAUACUACGGGCACUAUAUUAGGUGGAACUUACGUCACCCACGUCGCGCCGCGCCCGCCGCGCCGCACAGCGCGCCGCACUUGGUCGGCGUCGAGCGCCGCCAGAGCAUACUGCAGGUGGCUUGGCUUGACGCGGACACCGGGCAAGAGCGUGUGCUAUGGCGGGAGAUAGACAAGCUCUCGCGCGUGGUUUUCCCCGCCCUAUUCCUUCUCUUCGUGACUAUGUACUGGCCUGUACUACUACUUAAAACGAAGACGUCUUCAUAACAAUUAGAACUAAACACAUUCCUUCGCCAUCGCCUUUGAAAUAAAUAAAAAAAUACAUAAAAUGAAUGAGGUCUAAUGUAUUUUCCGCGUCAUUUUGUAUGGAAAAAAGAUACAAUAACAUAAUUUUUUUUUGCUUUUUCGUUCGUCGUUCCGUGUUUAACAUUGAUUUAUUCUGUCUACGUUGUUUCGUGAAAUAUUUUUGUGUUGUUAUUUCAGUAAUAGGUUUUUCAUAAGUUCCCCGAAUUUGCCGCUACUGCGAGAUUUGUUCUGCUCUUAAUAAAGUUCUGUAAGAAAUAACAAGAUUAUUUUAGGUUUGUAAUACCAUUUGAUUGUAAUUUUUCUUUUUGUAAUUCUUUUUCCUUCAACCCUGUAAAACUCGAUGGUCUUUGUCUUUGAAUUUCCUAGAUUUUUAUUUUGCUUACAGUCAUAAACAUGAAAGAACAGAUUCGAACAGCGGGUCAUAAAAAAACCAGAAAAAUACAAUUCCGCUAAGAAAAAAAAAGUCAAUCAGUUUUCCCGAAUUUGAAAUACCGAGGGAAUUUCAAAUUUUUUCUCGUCAUAAGAAUCUUUCAUGAACUUCGACGAAUAUUUAACAAAAUUUGCCGAAUUCGACUAACUUUUUACGUUUCUCAACACAUUUAGUGAUUCACUUUAAUUUGCAUCUUAAUUAAAUUCUCAAAAGGCGGUGGCGAACUUUUAUACAAUAUGACCAUUCAUAAGAUUUUAAGUAUGAUGAAUACCAAUUUUCGCUUACCGAGAAUUCCUUGUAUUACGCACACCUACAAAUUCGUUUGUAUUUCUAAUAAUAACAGGUCAAAAUUUUCAUUGAACCUCUGAUUUCCCAAAAUUAAUUAAGGACUCUACCCACUACACCAUGUCAAAACGUAGCCACUCUAUUAUCUGUCAACAAAAUAUAACCGAUUAAGAUACCAAAGUGAAGUAAUUUGAUAUCAUUAAGACAGUUCAGUCUCUGUUUCAGACGAUAAGUAAGUAUUUGAUCAAACAAUUAUUAAUACUAUUUUUUUCAUGGCUUGUUGCUACGAGAUUAUACGAUUGUGGUCAUACGAUGUAGUAAGCAUUAUAGGAAAAGUAAGUUAAAAAUUUUUAUAUCCUUGGAGGAGCGAAAAUUGGUACACGACUAAAAUCUUUUUCAUUUUGUGUCAUAUUGUAUACUAAAAAUAACAAACUUAAUCAAGUGCUUUAUAGACCUUUUUUUAAUUUAGCAUAAUUACUAACGUUUUUAGUAAAGGUUCAGGUAAGAUCAGCAUCAAAAACAUAGAUUCGUUCUUUGACUUUGUAAAUUUUAAGUAUAUCGAACAAAUUGAAUGUUCUUGAUGGUGACUACAUUGCUAAAGGCAUUUAAUGUCAAUGUACAAAAUGAUAUGCACAAAAAUGUAAAUUAGUAAAACUAAUUAAAAAAUAUAAUAUUGUAGAUAACUGAACUUAUUCUGAAACACCAUUAAAUUGUAUUUUCAUUUUUUAUUUUAUUUUAUAAUAUAAAAUACUACUAUUUUUUUAUUCGGAUUUUUUUCAUUUGCAUAUUUUUAUUUCAUGUAGGUAUUAACUUUCAUGAUUAUACUUAUUAUGGGUCGUCAUCGUAAAAUUCAAAAGCUUCCUUAAAUUAAUUUAGUUGUGUAUUUAUUCAUUUUGAUCAAAUAACUUAAAAUGUUUUAUCUUUAAUUAAUCAGUUUUCUUAAUGAAGAAAAAUCAACUGUUGAUAUGACGCAAGAUGAGUUGAUUAUUUACACUAAAUUGUAAGUUUUUUUAAUGUUAUCAACUCAUCUUUAAAACGAACUUUUUCUUUUGACACUGUUAGAUAAAUUAUAUUUUCAUAAAUUAGAAUGUUAUUUGGGCAAAAAUUUUGAAAUGAAGGUCAAAACUAGAUUCAAACUCAAAUAGACAAAUCCUGUGACUGGUCAAAUCACAAGAUGUUAAUAGCCCAAUUGCAGUCUUGAAUCUAUUCUUGAGAUUGUAUCUAACUUUGGCAACGUUUCAUAAUUUGAUUUGUAUAAAUAUUGUUAAGGUGCUGUUAUAAAAAUAAUAAGUAACACCUCAGUUUUCGUGUGAGAGUUAAUGCAAAGAGAGAACUUGAUAGAUUCCUAAAAAAAUAUGCACAAGAAAUCAUAUAAAUCCGUUAACUCUCAUCAUUUUAUAUUGACAUGCAGGGUGUUGAACAACGAAUUCAAGACGUUAUAAAUGCUUAUUUAAUUGCUAGGUAUAUCAUAAAUACGAUCGAUUUGUAGCAAGUUAAGUGAAAAUUAAAAGCUAUAUUUAUGUAUGUUCCCGUCAUAUAUUUUUUACUUAUUUUAUUUUACCAAAGUGAUAAUUGUACAGUUGUUUCACCCUAUAUUUAUUAUAGUGUAUGAAAAGAGGGUGCUUCAUCACGUCCGCCGCGACAAUCAUAUUUCAGCUUUAACCCAUUGUGAUAGCUUAUGUAAUUAUGUCCAGAGUUUUAACGCUUGUUAUAGGAAUGUUGUAGUUAAAUUGUGAAAUCAGACUUUUAGCUAAAUAUACGGAAAUUGGGAGCAAGUAAUAUGUAUUUCAAUGUAAAAUUAUAUGUAAGUCUAUUGAUGAAGUCUACAUUAUUGACUUGGGAUUUUAAAUACAUUUUAAAGUCUUUACUUAUACUCGAAUCAAGUGCAGUACGAGGUAACUACUUAUUAAGAAAACGAUGUCUAAAGGUGCCGUAGACCAAGCGGGACAGGGGAUCGAGACCGUUUUACUGGUUAUUAAUAUUUUUAUCAGCGGACGAAAUUAAGACAGGGUCUCUUGUCUUAGACUAGUCAGUAUCUGCCUCAAUACAGCUAUUUUAUGCGUCUCGUUUUUCUGAUAUGAUGCUGACAAGUUGAGAACUGAAUACUGAUGGAAUGAUCCUUAAUUAUUAACUAUGAUGUUGGACUCUGGCUCCGCCCACAGUGUAGAGAGAGACAUGUCGAUUUCUCCAGUCUCUAUAUCCUGUCUCAGUGUGCUAAUGAUAUGUACUUUUGUGACAUAGAUUUCCCUAAUUGACCAAAGAAACAAUACGAGUAUGUAUGUUAACUUUUAAAAUAUUUUUAAUUAAAAAAAGGAUCAAACCGUGCCUUAAACCUUUCGUAAGUAGCUGAUUUCAUAAUUGUACUGCUACAUGGUGUUUGCGUUUUUCUACAAAACUUAGAAACGCCAGGAUUAGAUAAAAGAUAAUUCGUCCUUAUUAAUAAAUUAAGAGAUAUAUUUUAUAAUUGAGAGUUAAUAAUUUCAUAGUAGGUAAGUUAACUCUUUGACCGGUUACCACUACACCUUUAUUUUGAUUUUAAUUACACUGAAUAGAGUUCCAAAUUAAUAAAAAAUAUUUUUGUCUACCGGUUUGAGGGUUAAUAAGCUCAUAAAAAAUAUGAUUUUGGCUGAAGUUAAGAAAUUAUAACUUUUAAGAUUAUAACAAUAAACACAAUAUUUGUUGAAUAAUAAGUACUACUUAAAGUAAGAAGG